UACCAUGUGGUGGCGUCAGUAGAUGGUGGCCUUUACACAGAAUGGCAAGUGCGGAUCUGUUACUAUCACUACAAGAAGAUGAAGCGACAAUAUCCUGAUAGCCCUAUGGGCGGGUUCACCAGACUACUGCACAGGCAAGCCCCAUUCUCUCUCGGCCAGGAGGAUAAGCUGAUGGAAGAGAUUCCCACAGCAGUGGUGGACAAGCUCCCCAUGGGACUAGAUCAGGGCUUCAUUGUGCUCAACAGGCCAUAUGGUUUUUUGCAGUGGGUCCGCAAGUUUGUGCCCACGCUUAAAGAGCGGUACAUUCUCAUGAUUGAGCCUGAUUACAUCUUUGUGCGGCCACCACCUCUCUGGGCGACACCAACGAAGUCUGCUGCAUACCAUUUCACCUACAUGCUUCCCAGAGAAAAUAAGGAAGUCAUCGAUCCCUACAACGAAAAGGAUGUGCCAUUUGACGCUAUCUUACCAAUAGGCAAUGCUCCUACAAUGAUGCACAGAGACCUGCUGGCUUUGAUAGUGGAGGACUGGUAUGACAUUGCUCUACGCAUGAAGAAUGACCCCAAGGCAAACCAAGCGUUUGGGUGGAUCCUUGAGAUGUUCGCCUUCAGCAUUGCUGCAUCUCAAGCUCCGGGCGGGCCUCUGGAGUUUGAGUUGCACGGCGAGUUCAUAGUGCAGCCACCGUUCGAUGCAUCACUCACAAGCAGGGAUGGCAAACCGGUCUUCAUCAUUCAUUACACCUAUGGGAAUGACUACGAUGAGGCUGGGACGAUGAUGUAUGGGAAGGGGGUCAGCGAAUUCUACCAUUGGGACAAGAGAGAUUACACUUUUGAGUACCCGCCGGGCAACUUCCCUCUGCCCCCACUUCAGGUGUGCGUCAGGCUGCUACGCUCCCUCAGAGGGUUUUGCAGAUGCUACUGGCUGGGUGACUUGUGA